AUGCAGAAAGAAUUUGAAGAUGGAUCCUCUCGCCUCCCCAAGCCCUCAGACCGACGUCGUUUCUCGAUAGGAACAAUGGCUUUUUCGAGAGCGGUCUCCUUGGAGCAGGCCAUGGUGGCCAACCUUGCUCUGGAAGACAGGUUGGAGGAAGAUACCGAGGGGGAACCUGUGGAGUCUUGCCUCAAACGGAUGCUUUCCACUCGAACAGCUGUCUCGACUUCAUCCUCUUUUGCUCAACGUCAACAGGCGGCCGUCGGUGCCAAUGAGCAGUUUCGUGAGAUCGGCACCGGCUCCAUCGGUAAGGUUUUCGAACACCCUGGAACCACCUUCGCCUACAAGCUGCCCGUCACCGAUCAGAAGGACAAGCUCUGGAAUAACUACGUCGUCCACAAACGCAUCGAAGCGAGUUUCCAGUCGCUGCCUUUCUUUGAUGGUCAAGUGGAGAUUCCUCGUUGCUUUUGGUACGCGACUCCAGACACACAAACCUUCUGGGACUUGAACCUCGAUUUCUUCCCCAAGACCAGGGAGUUCCCCCGUAAGCCCCGUCACGCUCUCUGCAUGGAGCGGAUCUUCCCUCUCCCCCGCCCUGUGCGUCACGCGCUCAUCGAGAAGUAUUGUCCGCCGCAAGCAAGGGAGAAGAUGAAGUCGGACGUUGCCAACAAGGACUGCUUGGUGCGUCCGUAUCUUGGCCGCGUCAAGUUCGGACAAGGAGGCCUCUUCUUCUCGCUCAGAAACUUCAAACUUCACGCAGACCAGGUCCAGGAGCUUGGAGUUGUCGCUGCCGACCUGUACACCGGCAUGGCUCAUGCGCUCGCAGUUCUUCACUGGGACACCAAAAUCGAUGCAAACGAUAUUUAA